UCUAUGGCUGGUGGCUUAGAUGUUAUCUGUGGGUUCCAUCAGAGUACCCCAGCCCUGUCCGUGGUGCUGCUCCCAAAAGGUGGCCCUGGGUUCUGUGCACUUCCUUCUUGACAUAGGAAAGAUUUAUGCCUUUCAAAGAAAGGCAUUAAAGACAGUUAGCACUUAAUGGAGGGUCUGCCCAGAGAUUUUAACAUGCCUUAAGAAAGAAACAGCUUUACUGAAGAAUGUGAGCACUUGAUAGUCCAGAACUGGUCUCUUAGGGAAAAACUUGUUGCUGGUAUUGUUUUAAUUCAGAAUUUGGAACUAAGAUUAUCUGUAGUAAACCUACCAGAGCCUAGCCUGAGGGUUGUUGCCUCUGUCUAAAUUUUAAUUGUUGAUAUAGUAUAAAAAGACACUUCUAAAAGCUCAAGACUGACUCUCCUAAAUAGCAAGGGGCCGUGUGAGUUUGUAUGCUAGCUUAGCAACCCCCCCCCCGCAUUUAACAGUCAACAAGUGAAUGUCUGGCCAGACUUUUAGAAGAUAACAGAAUGAUUAUAUCUUGAUCAAUGAGGUUUAAGAUAUACUUUAAAAAACAAACCACUGUCAAUCCCAGCAAGGAACCGUCCCUUCAAUCAUUUUACAAUCUUUGAGGCUUCUGUGUGUUGCAUGUGCUUACACUUUGCUUCAUGAAGCAGGUAAGGGAAGAAAGAGCUGUAGAGAAGCAGCUUCACAAAUGUAGCCCUUUCCCCUUCCCCACCUCCUUCUCUUAGGGCCAGCAGUAUGGUAGCCAGUACCUCCAUAUCUCACCACUAAUCCUGUAAAGGGUAGUAACAUGACCACCACUGCGAUGACCAUGGGACUGUCACUUACUGAGUCCUUAUGCUAUGCAGUAUUAGACUGUAUGCUGAGUGAAUCACUAUUGUUAUCUGAUUUUCGACCCCCCCCCAGUGACCCCAUGAGACUCAGAGAGGUUAACUAAUAUAUGCAAUAUAACAUAGUAAGUGGCAGAGCCAGGAUCCAAACCCAGGUAGGUCUAAGAGGCCCCUAAACAUGGGCUUUUACUGACUAUGCUGCACUCCUGUACUCCCUUGAAUGGCCCCUCCUUUCCAGGGGCUCUCUGAUGCCUCACUGAGGGUAUCCAGCUUCCCCCAAGUCAGAGCUGCCUCAGGAUCCUGAGCCAGUGUCUCCUGGGAUGGUGUCUGGGAGAUAUAUUUAGGAAAGCUGUCCAGGUGUUUGGGAGUCCCAAUCAGCCAGCAUUGAGAACCACUGCAAUGGAGGAGCACCACUCUUCCCCAGAGUGCAAAAGGGAUGAAGAUACUUGCCUAGAUGCAGUUGUAGAAAUUUAGAUGCAGGCAGGAUUAAUUAGAGUGAGGAAUGCAGAUUCAAAAGAGUUAGACUUUCUACCCUGAAGAUGGCAAAUGAUGUUUGCUCACUUGGUACAUUUGAUGUCAGGAAGACAGAGGAUAUAAGGAUACCUAGGAAUCUUUACCAAAACCAAGUAAUGGAUAGGUUACUUUGUGGUGCAUGGCUUCUGAGGAACAGUUGACCCACUCUGACAGGGUGGAAUCUGUCACCAGAGGUGAAGUCCCAGAGACUAGCCUUCCCCCUGGCUUGUGGAUACCUCUCACAGCACUUCAGGCUGGUGGUGGCCACUGCAAUGUCCUGGUGCUUUGACUCAAAAACAGGCACUCCUAGUGGUGAUGUUCUAGUGUUCUCUCUCGUUGUGCCUUUUCCUUGUUCCUAGACAAGAUUGCACUAAGCAAGGAUUUAAGGAGGCUGGUUUUCUUAGGCACAUCAGUUAAAAUAAUCCUCUACUGGCCUUGCAGGAUUUCCAAUAAUAGCCUUAUUUUGCUUGUAUUCAAGCAAAUCGUUCUAUUGGGAGUAUGGUUGGCCAGGAUUUGUGCCUCCUGCCCCAAACUCUGGCUAGUACUGCCCAGAAGAGGGGCGGAGCCGCUCUCAGUGGUCACCUUUGAUCUCCUUACAAGAGCUGCUCUGAAGGUUUUUGCCUAGCAAGUGCAGAAGUCUUUGGCCUGCAGAAUAGUUCAGAAGUGAAGGAGUUAUAUUCCCUUUCUAACUUCAGGACCCAAGGAUCUGAUAGGAGGUGAGAACGGUGAGAUGAUGAUUCUGAUCUGUACUCUCCCCGAUACUCCUUUUCUGAAGACACAAAAUCUCCCCUUUCCGUGCCUCGCUCAAAAAGUGAGAUGAACUACAUUGAUGGUGAGAAGGUAGUUAAGAGGUCAGCCACGCUACCCCUCCCUACCCGCUCUUCCUCACUAAAGUCAAGCCCAGAACGAAACGACUGGGAGCCCCCAGAUAAGAAAGUGGAUACGAGGAAAUAUCGUGCAGAGCCCAAAAGCAUUUACGAAUAUCAGCCGGGCAAGUCUUCUGUUCUGACCAACGAAAAGAUGAGUCGGGAUAUAAGCCCAGAAGAGAUAGAUUUAAAGAAUGAGCCUUGGUAUAAAUUCUUUUCGGAGUUGGAGUUUGGGAAACCGAGCUCAGCAGUCAGCCCCUCUCUGGACAUCUCCCCAGAGCCUCCUGGAUAUAUAUAUUCUUCCAACUUCCAUGCAGUGAAGAGGGAAUCAGAUGGGGCUCCUGGGGACCUUACUAGCUUGGAGAACGAGAGACAGAUUUAUAAAAGUGUCUUGGAAGGUGGCGACAUCCCUCUUCAGGGCCUGAGUGGGCUCAAGAGACCCUCCAGCUCAGCUUCCACUAAAGUGGAUCGUAAAGGUGGGAAUGCUCACAUGAUUUCUUCAUCUUCAGUUCAUAGCCGAACAUUUAACACUAGCAGUGCUUUAGGCCCUGGGUGUAAGCACAAGAAGCCCCUGUCAGCUGCGAAAGCCUGCAUUUCAGAGAUCCUUCCUUCCAAAUUCAAACCCAGGCUCUCUGCUCCCAGCGCUCUUUUGCAGGAACAGAAGAGUAUCCUGUUGCCCUCAGAGAAGGCGCAGAGCUGUGAGAACCUUUGUGUUUCUUUGAAUGAUUCCAAAAGAGGCCUCCCCCUCCAGGUAGGGGGAAGCAUCGAGAACCUGCUCAUGCGCUCCCGGCGGGAUUAUGACAGCAAGUCCAGCAGCACCAUGAGCCUCCAGGAGUACAGCACCAGUGCCAGGAAGCCCUGCCCUCUCUCCAAAAAGGCUGGGCUGCACUUCACCAUGUUCUAUCGGGACAUGCACCAGAUCAACCGAGCUGGCCUCUCCCUGGGAUCCAUCUCCUCCUCGAGUGUGCGGGAUCUUGCCUCCCACUUUGAAAAAAGCAGCCUGGAGUUAUCCAGGGGCGAGCUGGGGUCCAGCCAAGAGGGCUCAGAACACAUCCCCAAGCAUACUGUCUCCUCCCGCAUCACUGCUUUUGAGCAGCUCAUUCAGCGGUCUCGGUCCAUGCCAUCCCUGGACCUGUCUGGCAGGCUGAGCAAGUCCCCGACGCCUGUGCUGUCCAGGAGUGGACUGAUCUCAGCCCGCUCAGCUGAGUCCCUCCUGGAGUCAACCAAGCUCCGUCCCAAGGAGGUGGACGGAAUGAACUCCAGUGGGGUCUAUGCCUCCCCGACAUGUAGCAAUAUGGCAGACCACACCUUGGGCUUCAGGGGCCUCGUGCCUUCUGAGCCCCUCUCCACCUGCUCAGAUGAGAUAGACCGCUGUUCAAAUGUCUCCAGUGACAGCAGAGAGGGCAGUGUUCAUGGAGAUUUCCCUAAACAUCGUCUCAACAAGUGCAAGGGCACUUGCCCCGCCUCGUACACCCGCUUCACCACCAUCCGGAAGCAUGAGCAGCAGCAGUCCUCCAGGCAGGCUGACUGGCGCCCGGAGUCCAGAGGGGACAGGAGCACCCUGCUCAGAAACAUCUACCUGAUGAGCCCCCUCCCUUUUCGGUUGAAAAAGCCCCUUCAGCACCAUCCCAGACAGCCUUCCCCGGUGGGCCAGAAGCCAGACCUCCCUGGUCAGCCCCAUCAGGAUCAGCCCUCCUCUGGGGGGAAGCCCUUGGUUCCCACCCGCCUGUCUUCCCGACACGCCAUGGCCAGGCUUAGCCGCAGCUCAGAGCCCCCUCAGGAGAGACCCAUGAUCCUGGAGGACGGCCCGAGGGCCAUUAAUAAUGGGAACUCUGUGCCAUACUCAGACCACGGCCUGGACAGGAACAACAACCCACAAAGUGAACUGGCACCAUCCCGUGGAGAUUCUGAAUCACCGAGACAUUUUAUACCAGCUGAUUACUUGGAAUCUACAGAAGAAUUUAUUCGAAGGCGUCAUGAUGAUAAAGAGAAACUUUUAGCGGACCAGAGACGACUUAAGCGCGAGCAAGAAGAGGCCGAUAUUGCAGCUCGACGCCACACGGGCGUCAUCCCGACGCACCAUCAAUUUAUCACUAAUGAGCGCUUUGGGGACCUCCUCAAUAUAGACGAUACUGCAAAAAGGAAAUCUGGGUCAGAGAUGAGACCUGCCAGAGCCAAAUUUGACUUUAAAGCGCAGACACUAAAGGAGCUUCCUCUGCAGAAGGGAGACAUUGUUUACAUUUAUAAGCAGAUUGACCAGAACUGGUACGAGGGUGAACACCACGGCCGGGUGGGAAUCUUCCCACGCACCUACAUUGAGCUUCUUCCUCCUGCUGAGAAGGCUCAGCCCAAAAAGUUGACGCCUGUGCAGGUUCUGGAAUAUGGAGAAGCUAUUGCCAAGUUUAACUUCAAUGGUGAUACACAAGUAGAAAUGUCCUUCAGGAAGGGUGAGAGGAUCACACUGCUUCGACAAGUGGAUGAGAACUGGUAUGAAGGGAGGAUUCCGGGGACAUCCCGACAAGGCAUCUUUCCCAUUACCUACGUGGAUGUGAUCAAACGGCCGCUGGUGAAAAACCCCGUGGAUUACAUCGACCUGCCUUACUCCUCCUCCCCAAGUCGCAGUGCCACUGCGAGCCCACAGUAUCCCAGUCACAGCAAGCUCAUCAUGCCAGCCCCCUCAUCUCUGCCCCACCCCCGCCGGGCCCUAUCCCCCGAGAUGCACGCCAUCACCUCCGAGUGGAUCUCGUUGACUGUAGGGGUCCCGAGCAGGCGGUCUCUGGCCCUGACCCCACCCUUGCCUCCUCUGCCAGAGGCUUCUAUCUAUGACACAGACCACCUCGCCUUGUCGGUGAGGGCCCGUCCCUCCCUGCCUCUCAGCCUCCCCCAGUCAAGUUGGCUGGAUCGCUCCACUCCACACUCAGUGGGCCCCCCUCUGGCCCUGCCUCCUCCCAACAAAGCCUACUCGCUAGUCGCCAGUGCCCAGGCCCCCCUUCACAUCAAUGGAGAUGGUGGUGUCUACAUGUCACCAUCAGGCAUCCGCCAAGAUAGCUUCUCCCAGCCACUACUUGGGGGCUCUGAUAGGGUCAUCUCAGAGCUUAGCGGUGCCUUUAGCAGCCAGAGCAAGAGGCAGCCCUGGAGAGAAGAGAACGGACAAUAUGAAAGGAGAGCAGAGAGCCAGGCAGGUGAGAGAUGCCCUGGUGGACCCAAGAUCUCUAAGAAGAGCUGCUUGAAACCUUCAGAUGUGGUCAGGUGCCUGAGUACUGAACAGAGACUCUCAGAUCUCAACACCCCUGAGGAGAGCCGGCCCAGCAAGCCUCUGGGUAGCCCUUUUCCAGGAAGGGAGGCUGGGCAGACAGAGCUGCGUAGAGGUGGCGAGGCUGAGAGGAAAGCUGCUCAGAGUGGUAUGAGCCAGCCUUCUCAUCAUUCAUUGAGAGCAGGACCUGAUCUCACAGAAUCUGAAAAGAGCUAUGUGGAAGCAGUUUGCAAUGAGAUCAUAAACAUUGCCGAGAAAUCUGUUCAUUACUGCAGCACUGUCUCUCAUCCCCUUGACUUUCAUCACAAGGUAUCCCCUUCUGACAAUAAAUCAUCUUUAAUCAUUUCUCAGCAACCUCAAGCCCAGCAGCGAAGAGUCACCCCAGACAGGAGUCAAACCUCACCAGAUUUAUUUAGCUACCAAGCAUUAUAUAGCUAUGUACCACAGAAUGAUGAUGAGUUGGAACUCCGGGAUGGAGAUAUUGUUGAUGUCAUGGAGAAAUGCGAUGAUGGGUGGUUUGUUGGUACUUCAAGAAGGACAAGGCAGUUUGGUACUUUCCCAGGCAACUAUGUAAAACCUUUAUAUCUAUAAGAAGACUGAAAAACACAGAGAUUAUUUUUAUUGGAGGAUGAAGCAUAAUUCGUGAACCAGUCUCUUUAUUUAAAUGUCAAAUCACUAUGAAAAUCAAUGCAGUGGAUAAAGUAAGAACUAAAAGACAGGAACAGAGAAAUGUUGUGUUUAAAACCCAAACCUGUCUAAACUUAUUAUAUAUAUCAGGGCUGAACUGUGUGCUGAACAGAAAGAAUUGAGGCAACUCUAUAUUCACUUAGCUGCUUCUGGAAGCUGCUCCAGCCUUCAAACUCCCUUCUGCCUCUUGGAUAAUCUGACCUGGAACACAGUCCAAGAGCAGAGUUAGCCACAGAUGCUCCCUGCUGCCCCAAUCUUAAAUUCCAUCUUGAAGGGGUUCUUGAGCCUAAAGGGGCCCCAGGCAAAUAGGUUUCCAGCCAGGUUCCAAAGGUUCCAAGCCUGAGCAUCCACUGACUACCCCAGCUUCCAUGUCUGGCUGCCCUGGGGCCAAGUGAGCCCCAGUGCUCUAGAGGUCAGUCUGGGCUGCUGAGCUGUCUCUUGACAAUGGUGGUGGCCCCCAAUUGGCCCCAAACCAAAUCCUCCCUGGACCUGCAGAGGUACAGUUGAGGAAGUAGAGGCAAAACAGGUACCUUGUGCCAUCAGCCGGCUGUGCAGCUUUGUCAUGGACUGCCCUUCUUCCAGAUGAAAAAGCUCAUGAGGUUUGUCCUGAGAAUUGGGGAGCAGAUGGCCAAGCAGAUAGAUUACAUUUGUAUUUCUAAGUGAUUAAGUCGAGAAGCCCUGCAGCCCCAGGGGUCAUUUGCAGUGUGUUCUUUUCCCAUAUCAGUGGCUGUUAUAAACAGUCAUCACUAGGCAUCUGCAGCUGCAGCUGUAUUUAUCAGAGCACCAUUGCUAACCUUUCUGGCUUGUAUUUGGCUGGGACAGUUUGGGACUGGUAGGCUUAAUCCAAAGUGGGAUGUAAUGGUUCAUUUAACACAUGUGACAUAUGCUGACUGCUGAAACAUACAUAAGACUGCUCCAGGCCUAGAAGGCCAGUUUUAUCUCCUGGUACAAGUUCAAAGACCACUCCUAGCGUAGUCACCCACAGUUUGGAAUUCUCAUGCACCCAGUGAGGCUUCUGUUCUUGAUAAAGGCGUAGGUACAGUAGCCUUAGUGUGAAGCAGUGAUUCUGUCACUACUCGGACAACCAGGAGCUCUGUCCUUUGAGGGUACUGGAUCUGAGGAGGAAGCCCUCCAAAUGUCCUGACAAGGACAUUUGUUUAGGGGUACUUAGUCGCAACUCUGUCCAUGUUGUAUUAUGGGAAUUUUUUAGCUUCUGUGUUAGAUCUCUUAGUGACACAAAGAUAGAAGUGCCCCAUUCCUUGCCCACCAGGAACUCAGAAGCAAUUGGGGAGAUAGACACAGAGAAAGGAACUUAAGAGAGACUGUGAUAAGUGCUAAGAAGGGUGCGAGAGGAAGAGAUGUAUUUCUCCUGGAGAGAUCCUAGAAAGCAUUGUCAUAUUUCUGUCUCCAUUAACUCUCCGUUGAAUAGCUAGGAUGCUGGGAGAACCUUUGUCUGAUGGUAGCUUAUGGCUAGAAAUACGUGGAACUUUUUCCAGAGUCUCCAAAUUUUCAUACUCCCCACAAAUACAUUUCCAAGGUCAUAAAUAGGAGUAGCAAGUCUAAGUGGCAAGGGUGUGUACUAGAAUGCCUGGUUCUCUGCAUCUAUCUCAGAAAUACACCAAGACUAUUGUCCCCAAUUCUGGAGUCUUAAAAAAAAAAAAAAAAGUAGGCAAAAUUUGUCUUUAGUAUCUCUUCCCCAGUUGCUCUCCCAGAUACCCUUCUUAGAAUCCCACCAGCCUCCUAGGGCCCACCAGUCAGCCACACAAUACCCUCACUUUCUCCCUAUCCUCUAAAGGAGGCUUGCAGGAAAGAAACAACCACUGCUUCAUUCACACUAAAGUGUAAAUGACUGAUGAGAAGAGGGUGUUACCUCUUUCCAGAGACAUUUGUUUUUAACUAGGACAGAGCAAAGCCUUUACCCCAAGGGAAAAGGUUGUGGAACUGUAGGGGAGGAGGGUUUCUGGGUAGAAAGCGUUCUGGAUUUUCUUUAGGACCCAGUGAGAGUAAGACCUAUUGUUUGUGGAAGGUCUGCUUCACCAGGGAGGGCACUAUUUUUUUUGCCUCUCUCUGGGGGCUACAAUAAGGAUACAAAAGCACGGUGCGCUUGCGCACUGCAUUUCACCCACUUUGGAAUGUAAUCCCCGUACUGGCUCAUGCGCCUCCUGUUCUUCCUUAGAUGCAAACCAUUAACAACACAAUCUUAUUAAGAGGUUUUUGAGGGGUGCUUCUUGAUUAAGUAGGUAACUUUGAACACCUCUUUAAAUACAGCUAGAAAAUAAAACCAAUUUGUAAAGCUACAUUUGCAUAUGAUGCCAGCCUCACGCAUUUGUAUAUCUCCAGAAAUUCCCAAAUGCCUCACUACUGUGCCCGACUUUAAUAAAAUCAUAUGUUCAAAUUCGUAUCACUUCAGUUUCCUAUGUAUGAGAAAACAAGGGAGCGAAAGUUUCCCAUUACCCUUUUGUCUUCAAACAUUUAGUAAUAUAAAGUACCUAUUUUUAUGCUGAAAUGUUUAUACAGGUUUAUUAAUAGCAAGUGCGACUAACUGGCGGCAUGCCUCGCGACACAUUUUGAUAUAUUAGCAGUGCUUCCAGGUAAAGGCAAGUCCCAAACUACUUAUCUUUUGCAGUCUCUCUGGGAUCAGUAAAAGAAAAAAAAAUCACGUGCGUGAAAAGUGGGACUGUAAAUAUGUAUAUUUAACUUUGUAUAGGCCAUGUACCUACCUGUAUAGAAAAUAAUUUUAAAAAUUUGAAUGAAUGGGGAGGACAAUAAGGAAGUCAUGAAGUUUUCCCAUUUUUAUUUAAAUGAAGGAAUUCCAAAUAACUCACCUGCAGACUUUUAGCACAAAAAUAGCCAUUGCAAACUGUUAAAAUUUAUAAUAAAAUCAUUCUUUUGGGAAGAGAAGGUAACUAUAAUCUCAGUUUUUGUUUUUUUGUUUUGCAGUCCUAUUUUUCUGCAGUAGUAUUAAGUCCUAUUGCUAGAACAGGUUACUACAAAAAAAUUAUAUUCUGAAAGAAAAAUAACUGACAUUAUAUAUAACUGAUUAAUUUAAAGUAUUGCCAUUUAAAUGACACACUGAGAGCAUGUACUAUGCAGACACAGAUUUUUCUGUUCAUUUAUUUUUCUUUAUUGCAGUGGAUUGAUUUGAUAAAUAGAUGUGCUGAAUUACUACCUUUGCUGUACAUACUAUUUAAUAAACUUUAUUCAGAAUUGUGUGGAA